AUGAGGGAGGCGCGGAGAGCGUCGGUGCCGCUGCCCGGUGUUCCGGCCUUGCGCCCUCGUCAGGUGGGAGCCUCGGAGGUGCCUCCCGGCUGGGAGAGCCGAGACCCCUCUUGCAGCGGGGAGGGGGCGGGAGUCUGGUUUUCUUUUUUUUUUCUUUUUUUCCUUCCCUUGGCAGAUCUUGUGAAAUUAGCAGGGCUCCUGGUGAUAUCAUUGGCUGCUUGGUAUUUGGGAAGCUUAUUCGCUCUUCUUGUACCUGAAGAGACCCUAGCAACAUCCCUUGCUAAUCUUCAAGACAUUGGAAAGAAACCAGUGUUGAAGGCCCCAGCCCCAAAAAGGCAGAAGUGUGAUCACUGGUCUCCCUGCUCACCUGGAAACUACGCUUACCGGAUUCUCAGUGGUGGUGGCAGAGGAAAGCUGGCUAAAAUUUGUUUUGAGGAUGAGCUGCUUAUAAGCGAAGGGAAGGGUAAUGUCGGAAGAGGUAUAAACAUUGCCAUUGUGAAUUAUAAAACAGGAAAAGUUACAUCAGCAAAAUAUUUUGACAUGUGGGAAGGAGAGCACUCGGGAGAGAUGGUGACUUUCAUUAAAAAUGCACCAAGAGGGUCCCUCCUUUUGAUGGUGACUCACGAUGAUGGAAGCACCCGGUUGAAAGAAGAUGCCAGAAAAUUAAUAGAAGAGCUGGGAAGUAAAGAAAUACAGAAUAUGAAGUUCAGGUCAAGCUGGGCUUUUAUAGCUGCCAAAGGCUUCAAGCUGCCAGAUAAUAUCCAAAAAGAAAAGAUAAACCACUCUGACAAGAAGAAGAAUAGAUACAGUGGCUGGCCAGCUGAAAUCCAAAUAGAAGGCUGUAUCCCAAGAGACCUGAUCUGA